UGAGAGACGGACCAAAAGGAAGGCAGUCAAGUCAUGGCGGGGCGGGCGAGAGAACAGGCUGUGCGGGCUGUGGUGCAGGCUUACGAGGAGCUCAAGAAAGAAUGGGGGAAGAAAAACAGGAACCUGCAGACGUGUGGGAAGUACCUGGCUGACAUAAAGGUGGAGCUGACCAAGCUGCAGUUCCUGCCGUCAAUGGGCAAUAAGGUGUCCAAAGAGGAGUUGCUUGUGGCCAGAAACACACUUGAAAUCGGUGCCCUAUGGAGCAUAGCCAACAAGGAUAUCCCUUCCUUCGAGCGAUAUGUUGCCAUGCUGAAAAUAUACUACAUGGACUACAGAGAGCAGCUGGCAGAAUCACCCUACAUGUAUGAGCUGUUGGGGCUGGACUUGCUGUGCCUGCUGGCCCAGAACAAGGUUGGGGAAUUUCACACUACCCUGGAGCACCUGCCAGCACCUGCCAUCACUGACAAUGUGUACAUCAGACACCCUGUGGCUAUGGAGCAGUACCUUAUGGAGGGAGCGUACAACAAGAUCUAUUUGGCCAAGGGAGAGGUGCCAGCUGAAGGGUACAAAUUCUUCAUUGAGGAGCUGCUCUCCACCAUCCGUGAAGAUAUUGCUGACUGUGUGGAGAAUGCCUAUGAUCGCAUCCGCCCUGAGGACAUCGGCAAGAUGCUCUAUCUUUCUAACACCAAGGAAAUCCUCAAGUACUGUGAGACCCGGAGCUGGCAGGUUGGUCCAGACGGCUACCUCCACUUCAAGAAGGAGGUGCGUAAGAGUGAUGAUGGGAUCCCCUCUCGUGAGCUGGCCCAUCAGAUGAUCAACUAUGCACGGGAGAUGGAACAAAUUGUGUAGGGCUUAGGCAACAAACAUGCAGCACACACACACACACACACACACACACACACACACACACAUGCUUUUCUCACAUACACACACACAGGUACUAAUUGGUACACAUUAAGACAAGCAUACAUAUACAAGUAAUAAUGCAUACACUAGUACACACACAUACAACUAGGUAAUGUACACACACACACACACACACACACACACACUUUAUAUAUAGUAUGUAUUUAUAUAUAAACAUGAAAUUACAUGCAACAGCUCUGUGGACUCAGGAUGAAAAUAAUUGCAUUGAUGUGUUUGUGUGUUCCCACUUCAUACAUGUCUCAGUGAAGUGGGGUGUUACCUUGCACUCAAAGCUCUGCCUUCAGCUCUUAAAUAGAUAUUGUAUUCUUCCACCAUCUGAGUUUCAUCCAUAAGAAAUACAUGGAGCAGUGCCACUAACAUUUACCAACACUUGAGUGGUUUGUGGUGCAGAAUUGCUGUUUUUCCUAAGCCUUGGAGUUUUUGUGUUUCUUGGUACACCCUUGCCGACCUCCAGUUUGUAAUAAAUCUAUAGGAAAUUUC